AUGUAUAAUAGUCAUUCCGACAUCUGGGUCGCUGGCGCCUUUGCCGCGGUAAUCGUCGACUUCUUCGUCUAUCCUUUCGAUACGCUCAAAACCCGGAUCCAGUCUCCGGACUAUGAGAAGGUAUUUAAAGAUCCGCGCACCGGCGCCGUGAGACGAAAUGUCCUCUUCCGCGGUGUAUAUCAGGGAGUCUGGAGCGUGGUCUUCUCAACAGUACCAUCGUCCGGUGCCUUUUUCACCACAUACGAAGCCGUGAAAUCCGCGCUCCACAAUUCCCGCAAGAACAACAAUGGCGAUGAUACAUACGCCAACCCAGGCUCUCCAAAUGGAAUCAAGCUUCCCUUUACACACUCGCUCCCCAGCCCAAUAAUCCACGCCAUCGCCUCCUCAUCCGGCGAAAUGGUUGCGUGCCUAAUUCUUACACCCGCCGAGGUGCUGAAGCAGAAUGCGCAGAUGGUCGAUGGGCAGUCACCUAACAAUAAGGGCAGCAGUACAGGCAACAAAACCGCCAUGGGCCAGGUUCUCGCCCGCUUCCGUCGUCAUCCCUGGCGCCUGUGGAGCGGAUAUACAGCUCUCGUGGGAAGAAACCUCCCGUUCACGGGUCUUCAGUUCCCGAUCUUCGAGUAUGUGCGCUCGAAUGUGAUUGACUGGCGGAGACGGCGAAAAGCGGAUAGAGCUGCUGCUGCUUCUGGAAGUGGAAGUGGAAGUACCGGCACAGAUACCUCCGAGCAGAGAGAGCAGCUGAUCGAGCGAGCCGGGUUAACGGGCCUCUCGGCCUCGGUAUCUGGCACGAUAGCAUCGAUCGUAACGACACCGAUUGAUGUGAUCAAAACGCGUGUGAUGCUCUCAGCAAGUGGUAAUAACUCCCCUUCCUCAGACAAAGAAGCGAAAUCGAAGUCCUCAAAGGGAAAAGGUGCUGCUUCGUCUGAGAAGACAGCUACGAAACAGCCGAAAAUGCGCACUCUGGCUGUUGGCCGUGAGAUCUAUCGAAAUGAAGGUGUUCGGGGCUUGUUCAAGGGUGGCGCACUUCGUGCGGGAUGGACGGCUGUCUCGUUGAGUAUGUAUCUGAGUCUCUAUGAGGGUGGUCGGUUUUAUCUGGAGAAUCGGAGGAAGGACCGUGAGGGAUUACAUGGUGGGCAGCGGGUUGCGAGUGAGGAGGGCGAGACUGUUAUGUAG